CGGGAACCCUAUUUUUUAGAUCCGAUUUCUCUCUCUCUCUUUCUCGUUCACGUUCAGAUUGUUUUAGUUUGGUGAUUCUCUUUCCUCUCUUCGCACUCUCUCUCUCUCCUCUCUCUUUCUUCUCUUUCUCUUUCUCUUUCUCUUUCUCUCUCUUUCAGAUUUCUGUCUCUCUCAUCUUUCUCUCUCCAGCAAGGGCCAAACCCUAAAGAGCCGUUUGCACCCACCAAUUGUCAUGGAUGAUGAUAUGUUGAACAUGACCAAUUGGGGAUACUAUGAACCCUUCAAAGGAGGGCAUCUUGGCCUGCAGCUCAUGCCUGGUAUGACAGAUCGUGACACAAAACCAUUUAUGCCUGGUCGUGAUCCAACUAUGUUAGUUAAUACAAAUGGAACCUUUCACCCUCGAGACUGUGUAGUUUCCGAAGCACAAAUGCCAAUCAACUAUGUGAGGGAUAGUUGGAUAAGCCAGCGAGAUAGGUUUUUCAAUAUGCAGCCUACCAAUCCCAAUUAUCCUGUUCUUCCGGAAACUUCAGCCGCCCCAACACAAAUUACACAGCCACCUGAUACAUCAAGAGAUGAGAAGGCUGAUAUAGUUGAAGAAACAGUGCAAAAGGAAGGAGUCCAACCAAGGAAACGGCAGGGUAGGGUUGCCUCAACAACUCCAAAAGCGAAGAAACCAAGGAAGCCGAAGGAUAACAGCAAUGCUCCUGUCCAAAGAUCGAAGCCCAUGAAGACAAUUGAGUUUGUAAUAAAUGGAAUUGAUAUGGAUAUUUCCAGUUUACCCAUUCCAGUUUGUUCAUGUACCGGGACUCCGCAGCAGUGUUAUCGCUGGGGAUGUGGAGGAUGGCAGUCUGCUUGUUGUACUACAAAUGUGUCGACAUAUCCAUUGCCAAUGAGCAUGAAACGACGUGGGGCAAGGAUAGCUGGACGGAAAAUGAGCCAGGGUGCUUUUAAGAAGGUAUUAGAGAAACUAGCAGCCGAAGGCUAUAAUUUUGGUAACCCAAUUGACCUGAGGAAUCACUGGGCUAGACAUGGCACCAACAAAUUUGUCACUAUCAGGUAGUUAGGUGCUUCUGAGACCCAUGACCUCUGGUCUGUUUAACUUGUAUAUAACACCUGUGUUGAGUUAUUUCACACAGAUGUUGAGUUAUUUGUUCUCAGUUAUCUAAGAAUGUCUUGGUAUGGUACUUCUACCUGAAAUUUGAACAUUCCAUUUCUUUUGUUCUUUUACCAUCUUCUUCUUAUGUGACAAGGGAUGGCUAUGUUGGUAUGGCAUUAACAUUUAUGUAGAUGAUCUUUUACUAGAUCGACUAUUUUUGGGUAA